AUGCCGUCCUCUCUAGGUUCUCCAACAAAAACUUCUUCACCUGAUCAUACAGAUAACCCUGUAAGGUUUGUUCAUACAAUAUCAGAGGCAGGCCGCCUUCUCCCUUCAGCAAGCCGCUGGAACUCUAUAGAAAUUGACUUUAACCUCAUCCCUCAAUCUGCCACUGCCUACGAUUCACUCCCCUCCCGAUACUCGAAAUCCGUUGAUUAUGAUCUCAUUAUCACCGACAGAGAAUACUUCAAACGUUUCAUUUACAUUUCAGUCUCCAUAGCUUUAGCAAUCCUAUUACUUAUCUUGUUGAUUCACUUUUUGCCUCAUAAACAUGCCCACAAUGCAUCUUCACAGAAUCUCACGCUUGCAGUAAACCAAGCUCUAACGUUUUUUGAUGCUCAAAAGUCUGGACAGUACCCAAGCGACAGUCCGGUAAAAUUCCGAGGAGAUUCAGGAAUGCACGACGAGGACUCAAGCAAAAAGCAUGAUCUUGUGGGUGGCUUUUAUGAUUCUGGCAACAAUAUAAAAUUCAGUUUCCCCACAGCUUACACCGUUACCCUCUUGAGUUGGAGUGUGAUCGAAUAUCAGCAAAAGUAUGCUGAUAUAGGUGAGCUUGACCAUGUUAAGGACAUCAUCAGAUGGGGUAGUGACUACUUGCUCAAGCUUUUUGUUCCCCCGAAUGCAACUACAGCUGCCGCCACUUUGUAUUCUCAGGUUGGAAGUGCUAGUAAUGAAACCGACACUCCUAACGACAUAAACUGUUGGCAAAGACCAGAACAGAUGAAUUAUCCGAGACCUGUGUCAAGUUGUGGUACUACAGCUUCAGAUUUGGCCGGAGAAAUUGUUGCAGCAUUAUCAGCCGCAUCACUAGUAUUUGAAGAAGACAGGGUUUAUUCCAAAGAUUUAGUAGACGCAGCGGAGAAGUUAUUUGAGCUUGCGGCGACUAAUGAAGACCCCAAGAACCAGGGUACUUACACCAUGGUUGGUGCUUGUGGAGGAGAAGCAAGAGCGUUUUACAACUCCUCUGGUUACCAAGAUGAACUGGUUUGGGCAGGAACUUGGCUCUUCUUUGCUACUGGGAACACUUCUUACCUUGACUAUGUUAGAGAAGGAUACAACACGGCCGAGGUUGAGGAAACGCCUCUUGACAAAGGGAUUUUCUAUUGGAACAACAAGCUUACAGCUAAUGCGGUUUUGUUAACGCGGCUUCUAUACUUCCAUGAUCUUGGUUACCCCUAUGAAGAAGUUUUAGUAUCAUCUUCAGACAUGACUGACUCGGUCAUGUGUUCUUAUCUUUCUGAUCAGAAGUUCAAUAAGACACGAGGUGGAUUGAUCCUCCUAAAGCCUGAUUAUGGUGCACCACUUCAGUUUGCGGCAACGGCAGCUUUUCUCAGCAAAUUGUUCAGUGACUACCUUGAUCUUAUGCGUAGCACUGGUAGGAGAUGUGGAAGUGUUGCCAUUUCUCAAAACACGUUGAGGAGUUUCUCCAUGUCUCAGGUUUCUUACAUACUAGGAGAUAAUCCAAUGAAGAUGAGCUACAUAGUUGGGUUUGGAGACCAUUUUCCAAACCAAGUUUACCACAGGAGUGCAUCGAUACCGUGGGACGGUCAGCUCUUCUCAUGUGCUGAGGGGAAUAGAUGGCUAAACUCUGUGGAUCCAAAUCCAAACGUUGUUUCGGGAGCCAUGGUAGCAGGGCCGGACCAAUUUGACAAUUUCAUAGACGAACGGGGUAAACCAUGGUUUACGGAGCCAACUAUUUCGAGCAAUGCUGGUUUAGUUGCAGCACUAAUUGCACUGCAUGAUCCUCCUCGCAAUUCUUCUGAUUCAAAUAGCAUUAAUUUGGGCAUAGACCAGACCGGUAUCUUUCAGCAAAUCGGCCGUCUUGUUCCAACAGCUCCUUGACAUCUUUCAAUCUAUUGCUAACCUUCAUAUGGAAAUUAAUUAAGGAAAUACAAAAGAGAGAGAGGAGGAAAAACACUGACAAAUACAAUUUAGUUAAUAAAUUGUUACUUUGAAAAUUAAGCAAUCCUUGAUGGGAAGAUGGGAAGAAUUGAAGAGUGCUCAUAAUGUACGUCCGACUUAAAUUUCAUGCAUUCUGAAGUUUGUAUGAAGGAGACUAGAUAUAAAAAUGGGUUUUGGUCUUGGGAGACUGUAAGGCCUCCCAAGUCAUUUUACCUUCGAAUCACUGGAGAUCGAGCUACUAUGUAUGUACUCGUUGCACAAGGUUGAGCCGUGUGUUAUGCUCACAAGCCGAUAAGGCGGAACUCUAGUUGAGCAGGGUGGUUUGCUUGUCCCUUUAGGUUGAAUGGGGAAGGACGUUUGAGAUAAAUCAUUCAGAGUCUUAGUUGAACCGGGUGGUUUGCUCAACCAUUUUUGGAGAGAUGUAGUUACCAAUAGGCAGAUUUAUAAAUCUCGGAAAUGCUCAGUUUUAGUUCUGUCAUUAUCUUAUGAUCCAAUAGGCAGAACCAGCUUUGGGGAUAUACAUUUACCGUU